AUGUUAUGGUCCUCAGAGCCAGGAUUGUCCCGUCUAGGAAUUGAAAUCCCGCUAGCAGAUACUGAGUUCUCUGCGCAAAGCCUGAGCUGGAGUAACUAUUUCAAAAGCACCUGCAUGUUGAGCCUGCUGAGUAGAAAUUGGAUUUGGGAAGAAGAAGAAGAAGAAGUAACUGUUGUUGAUGAAGAAGAAGAAGAAGAUGAUGAUGAUGAAGUUGAAGAAGAUGAAGUAGUUGAUCGCAAGUCGAAGUUGAGGUUGAAAGUAGAAGCCGCGCGACGGUGGUUGGAUCUCAUAUACUUCUCUAACUGCGCUGUCAGGUCGGCCGAUCGCAAGAAUCGUUUGCAGAUACCCCGCCGUGUAGCUGCUUCUCUCCUUGUUCACAAACCACGGCUAUAUUCAUUCGCUAUCCAAGACACCAUGCCAGCUCAGGACUCAGACAAGUCUCCGGACUACAAAGCAAACCUUCUCUCGAUCCUCAUUUCCAGCAAAGUCCUUUCGUUCGGCUCCUACGUUCUUAAAUCAGGCCGAAACUCCCCUUACUUCUUCACAACGACCCUCCUCCACACUGCACCGUUACUGCAUGCAACAGCGUCUGCCUGUGCUACAGUGUUAUCUAGCCCUCCAUUCGUCAAAAGUCAAGAAGGGAAAGCUGUCACUCCCAGCUUUGAUAUAAUUUUUGGGCCUGCGUACAAGGGAAUACCACUCUGCACGGCAGUUCUGAAUGAGCUUGGUGUUCGAGAUACCCAGGGUGUAUGGGAUAAUGUCAGUUACUCUUUCAACCGGAAGGAGGCUAAGAGUCAUGGCGAGGGAGGGAACAUUGUCGGUGCCCCUCUCAAGGGCAAGAGGAUAGUCAUUAUAGACGAUGUCAUCACUGCCGGAACCGCCUUGAGAGAGGCUGUUGGUAUAAUUGAGAAAGAGGGAGGCAUCGUGGUUGGUGUAUUGGUCUUGCUGGAUAGACAGGAGAGAGUUAACGAUACAGAGACCAAGAGUGCGGUUGGGGCUGCACAGAGAGACUUGGGCGAAUCAAUUCCUGUACGGGCAGUACUCAACUUGAAUGAUAUUAUCGAAAAGCUUGGGGACGAUAUUGGUAAGGAGAAUCUGGAGAAGCUCCUUGAAUAUAGGGCGAAGUACGGGGCUAAGGAGUAG